AUGGACAGCGAAAAAGAAACAGCGCCUGUUCCUGUUCCUAUUCCAGACGUUACCCCUGAUGGCGAGCCAGCACCGCCCAAAGACGCCCGUUUCUGGCUGAUUUUUGUCGCUAUAAGUUGUGUUACUUUUUUGGUCGCGUUGGACACGUCCAUCAUCUCGACUGCUCUCCCGACAAUCACGGCCAAACUCAACUCGGGCGAGCUCUACGUAUGGAUCAUCAACUCUUACCUCCUCGCGGCGACAACAUCGGCGCCGCUGUUUGGCCAGGCCGCAGACAUCUUUGGGCGUCGUGCCGCCACCGUGGCAUCUCUGCUGCUUUUUGCUGCUGGAAGUGCCAUCUCAGGAGCAGCCACAAGCACCGGGAUGCUGAUUGCCGGCCGGACAAUCCAGGGCUUUGGCGGAGGCGGCAUUGCAACCCUGUCCGAGGUGGUCGUCUGCGACUUGGUCUCUCUCCGCGAACGAGGCCAGUAUGCAGGUAUCAUCAGCUCUGUCUGGGCCAUUGCCGCCGUCGUGGGGCCCAUCAUCGGCGGUGCUUUUACGCAGAACGUCACCUGGCGCUGGAUCUUCUACCUCAACUUACCCAUUUCAGGAGUCACGCUUGCUCUGGUGCUGGUACUUCUCAAGAUGCGCAACCCUCGCCAGGGAACCAUCAUGGAGCGUCUUGCUUGCAUCGACUGGGCAGGAUACGCCAUCCUGACGGCAUCCGUAACAGCGAUGCUGCUAGCCCUCACCUGGGGAGGCACCAUUCACGCCUGGUCAUCGUGGAGGACAAUUGUGCCGCUGGUCCUAGGCUUUGUUGGCCUGCUGGGGUUCUUCGCAUACGAGGCUGCCCCCUGGGUUAAGGAGCCCGUGAUGCCUCUCCGGCUCUUUGGAAACCGAACUGCGGCCGCAACCUUGGCCAUCAGCUUUGUCCACAGCGUGCUGCUCUUCUGGAUCUGCUACUUCCUGCCCGUCUAUUUCCAAGCCGUUCUCAACGCCACUCCCGCCCGAUCAGCCGUCAUGCUGUUCCCAAUUGCCACGACAACUGCGCCUGCAGGCAUCAUUUCCGGCGUCAUGAUCACCAAGACCGGCCGAUACCGUCGAUGGCACUACAUUGGAUUCAGUCUCAUGGCCAUUGGCUGCGGUCUCUUCACCCUGUUGGAUGAGCACUCAUCUACCGGUCGCUGGGUUGGUUUCCAGAUCAUCUUUGGCUUCGGCUGCGGCUUCGUCUUCACCAGCUGUCUGCCCGCCAUUCUGGCCAGUCUCCCAGAGUCUGAAGUUGCACUGGCUACCGCAACAUGGACCUUUUUGCGCAACUUGGGAUCCAUCUGGGGUGUUGCCAUUCCCUCUGCCAUCUUCAAUGCUCACGCCGAUACGAUUGCUCGCACUGUUUCUGACGCUUCAUUGCGUGAGCUUCUUCUUCACGGCGGUGCCUACGAACAUGCCACUCGCUCGUUUGUGGCCACUUUCAAGGGCGACGCUGCUCUGUACCAGACGAUUCUAAACCUCUACGUCUCCAGCUUGAAGAUUGUGUGGCAGGGAUCAAUUGGCUUUGCCGCCUUUGGAGUAGUUCUGGCCGUUGCAUUGAAGGCUUACAAGCUACGUGAUGAGCUAAACACCGAGUACCGACUGGAGAACGGGACCAAGGAGGCAUCGUCUCCAGAGCCGGCAACCGAAAAUAGCCUGUCAGAGCUGGACAAGAACUCUGGAGAAGGGGAAGCCAAGCCGUAA